CAUUUACAGAUUUCCAGCAACAAAAUUGUUGACUACAGCGAUCAUCUUCUCGAUUAGGAGGUAUUGAAAUCAAAUUUUAAAAGCACUUUACAGUUAAUUUUGAUCGUUCUUGUCUUAUUGUCAUCUCUUAAAUUUUUGAAACAAAUAAAUCUAAGGUUAUGACCGUGAUAAUGACACUAAGUGAAUCAUUAUAAAAUCGUAACUUUCCAUCGCAUUUUCAUCCUCGAAGGUAUUUCACGACAGAGAUCACACAUAAAUUUGAAUCUCCCUCCAAAUUUUAGUUCUAACUGCUCAGUGCAGAUGACCUACAAGUCGAUUUCCUCUUCGCGACUCGCGUAGAUGAAGUUAACGUAAGCGUGGCUAAUCAAGGUACAAAAAGAAAGAUGAGCAGCUCAGAGGAGGUAUCAUGGAUCUCAUGGUUCUGCGGGCUGAGAGGAAACGAAUUUUUCUGCGAGGUGGACGAGGAUUAUAUUCAGGACAAAUUCAAUUUGACGGGAUUGAACGAGCAAGUGCCACAUUACAGACAAGCCUUGGAUAUGAUUCUGGACUUGGAACCAGAUGAUGAACUAGAUGACAACCCUAACCAAUCGGAUUUAAUAGAACAAGCAGCAGAAAUGCUCUAUGGACUUAUACAUGCUAGGUAUAUUUUAACAAAUCGUGGUAUAGCUCAGAUGAUUGAGAAGUACCAGUCUGGGGAUUUUGGGUACUGUCCCAGAGUAUAUUGUGAAUCACAACCCUUGUUACCUUUAGGUUUAUCUGAUGUGCCUGGUGAAGCAAUGGUGAAAUCUUACUGUCCCAAAUGCAUGGAUGUGUACACUCCAAAGUCCUCCAGGCAUCACCAUACAGAUGGAGCAUAUUUUGGGACUGGUUUUCCCCAUAUGCUGUUCAUGGUGCAUCCAGAAUAUAGACCAAAACGUCCAACAAAUCAGUUUGUUCCUAGGUUAUUUGGUUUCAAAAUACAUCCCCUGGCAUAUCAGCUUCAACAGCAGUCUGCUUCCACAUUUAAAACUCCUCUGAGAAGUUUGAAUUUCAACAAUGGCAAACGUUAAAAGUGUUAUGGGCAUGAAUAAAACAAAUUGUAAUCAAUUGAAGGAAAAUGCAGUAGUUUAAAUGUGUUCAGAAGAAAUUUCAUUUCUCAUUUCAUUUAUCAUUUAGUGAUCUUUUUACAGUGGAAUUGAGAUGAAAAAGGAGUACAGCAAGUUUUAUUUGUGGGAAAAUUUAAAAUUCUGGAAAGGAUAAUAAGAAGUAUUGCUAGGUUCAUAAUUUGUUUAUAACUACUUGCAAAUGUUAUGUGGAGUAUUUUACUGCUGACAUGAAGGAUACUGGAAAUCAAUGGAAUUUGUCUUAAUAGUUGGAUUGGUGUUAGACCAAUUUUGGCAAGUUAUUAUAAAUUCCCUAAUAAAUAUUAUUUCUCAUACUUAUUGUAAAAUAUAAAUUAUUAAUGAUG